UGGAUGGAUGUUUCUUAACGCAUGUGAAUUAUGGCUUCUUCAAUUAAAUAAAGAAGAGGAAGUACUUUAGCCGGUUAAUAUUCACAGUGGGAGACAUUUCACCAGGACUGUUUAUUAAAAUGGUCGAAAAAGAAUUAAAAGCCCCUAGCACUAUCAUACAUACGGUCCACUGUUAUCAAAAUGAAAGCCAGUUAAAAAAAAGAUCUGCCUUCUUUUGAAACACAGCAUUGCUAAUUCGAGGCCUAUCAGGAAAUUUACGGUAUUAUAGAAUGUCAGAUGCCUCCAACAUUGACGUGAAUGCCAUCAUUUAUCACGUUAGUCACAGCAACAUUACCACUCUAACAUACUCCCUGGAAAUAAAAUCUAGAACUAGAGCGACCAGGUUUGUUUCACAGGGAACCCGAACAGUCUCAAAAGGUGUCUCAAUGUUUGUUCCUGUUACUUUUUUCUUAUGAAGUAAUUCAACAGUGAAAUAUGAUACCAGCAAAUCUUGAAACGUGUUUGCAUUAAAGAUACCAGAAAAAGGUAAACAAUUGGGAUGGAUAAUGCAUGCCGCCAUGUUUUAAAAAUAGACAAAGAAGUAAUACAAUAUACGUGUCUUGCCCAGUGUACUAUUGUAGUGCGAUUGUAUUUUAGGAGCAUUUUGAAUCUUUUCAAAAUGUCUAUAAUCAGCACAUACUGUCGCUGUUUUAUAAUAAGAAGCAGGAAUGGAAAGCGUAUUGUGUUGUACAAGUUGUGCAUGAUGCACGCUACCGCCACUUGCACUCAUGUGUGUAACCAGAACUUGUGAAUUCAGUCCAGCUGCCCCCCCACACCCCCCAUCUCUCUCUCUCUUUCUCUCUCUCUCUCUGUCUGUAUCGGGACUACAAGUGGCAAGAAAAUAGAAAAGUUGACCACAGCCCAACAUUUUCUCUGAGCGACAUCACCACAUUUUAGAUGUCAGCAAUUCUCUGUUGACUUUCGACGGCGCACGCGGGCAGGGGUAACGCGGACGUGAGCCGCAGCCUUGGGAAUGGAAGAGGGAACAAAAGAAUUUCUCUCGCUUCGCUGGAACCGCUGGGGUUCGAAGCUACCCGAUGGAGUACAGGAAUCCUGAUGAGAUGUUGAGAAACGAGUCUUCCUCAGAGUGGAAGUAGUAAAGUGUAGUUCUGACAGAGGAAGUGGACUGAGCACAUAGGAACAGCUGAAAGACCAUUGUUCAUGGAUUUUAAUGACUGGGCUGGAAGAUCGUCACUCUCCCUACAUCAUGUCAGCUGAUCUUCAGACAUCCAUUUCCCCUUUUGUCAAUGGGAUAAACUUGACAAUGGCGCCUGACCCUCAGCAGCCUUGUGUCGAUUACGACGCGCUACGGUGGCCACUUGCGGUGCUUUACUCCGUCAUCUUUGCUCUGGGUCUGCUUGGGAAUCUGGUGGCCCUGUGGGCUUUGUUCCACGUGCGCUCCAAACGGAACUCGGUGCGAGUUUUCCUCAUCAACGUGGCGUUCGCCGACCUUCUCCUGGUGGUCUGUCUGCCGUUCAGGAUUCUCUACCAUGCCCGGGGAAACGUGUGGACCCUGGGGCCUACGCUGUGCAACGUGGUGGGCAACUUCUUUUACAUGAACAUGUACAUCAGCAUCACGCUGCUGGGGCUGAUCAGCGUGGAUCGCUACUUGAAGAUCCACCGGGGAACUCUGGCACAGAGCAGGCUGCAGUCCACCAGACGAAGCACUGCUAUCUGUGUGGCGAUCUGGAUCGUUGCCUUUGGCUUGGCUUCAGCCUUCUUCAUGCCAAAGACUCCAUCGCAGGUGAACAGGUGUUUCCACUACAAAGAGCUUCAUGAUGCAAAAUGGAAAGCGUACAUCAAUAUCUGCAUGCUGUUGGUCUUCUGGCUGGUGUUCAUCUCCUUGGUGGUGUCCUACGUGAAGAUCGCCCUCAAGCUUCUGAGGAGGUCGCAGAAUAAACCCGACUUGCCCAACGCUCACCGCUACUCAAGAACCGCCCGGAAAUCCUUCUUCAUCCUGUUCCUCUUCACUGUCUGCUUUGUCCCGUAUCAUGUGAUUAGGGUGUUCUACAUCAAGACCCAAAUUACAGACACCUCCUGCUUCUGGAAGGGCGUGGCCGACAAAGCCAAUGAAUUGGCGUUGCUCUUUUCGGCUCUUAAUACCUGCCUGGAUCCUGUGCUUUUACUCCUCUUAUUGUCCUCUGUGAGGAAGGAGGUGCGGCGCUUGAUGGGAAACAUGUUUCGUGCACGAGAUACUUCGGUGGGAGUUAGCGGGAGCAGCUCCACAGUGGAAAUGGAAGGGAGAACUGGGAGGCCUGACAGAGGGCAAGUUAAUGUCCCGGCGACUUUGAAAUAAAGGAUUUGUUGACCUUAUUUGUGGCUUGUUAUUAGUUCAACUGCUGGGGCUCCCAAAGAGGGGUAUGCAAUAACAUUUCAGAUGUCAACAACUCAACUACCAAAGUCCCUCUACAGCAACUUUCAGAUUUUGUAUAGAUGAAAACAAUAUGCAAAAAGAAGGGGUGCAGUACUAUGUUGUACAGAGAAUCCCUUAAUGCAGCGCGAUCCUUUUUCUGUCAUGAUGCUUUUACUCGCAGCAACCACGACUCAACUCAACUCAACUGUUGUGUUCUAAAAAAAAAAAAAAUGAGUGGUGGAUGCUCAAAAUUCGUUUUAACUCUGACUUGGAGAAGUUCUAUGGCAUGCGCUGAUUUUCAUAAAAAUAUAACUGUAGUUUUCCUACCGUCCAAGCAUAGAUUAAAACGAUGGAUGGAUGGCUGAGACUACUAAAACUCUGUUGCGAGCCUAAGCAGUGCCACCGACCAAAGCAUGUAAAAAGUAUUGCAAAUGAAAUGUCUAACUGCAUGAUGUAAACAAGUUCCCUCCGUGAUAUUGUUGACCUUUAGUUAUGUGACGACAAUACCUUUUAUCUGGCAAGGUGGCUGGGGAGAGAGAAGUCUGGGCUUCCACACUAAGACUUCUGCCCCUUUGCCUCCCAACUGGAAGAAAAUGGCUGGAUGAAUGGAUCAUCUUUCAUGACAGUUAGUGUUCCGGUAAACUGCGACGUGCAAUCGUUUGACAAUGCUGAGUUUUCCAGGGAGCAACCAUGUGGUGUACCUCCAGCGAUUUCUCUACUUUUAAAAAUGUUAAUAAUGUAGCUAAUAUUGGAAUUAGUUAGAAACCAGAAUAAUUUACUGUGGCUGUGGAUCAAGUUUUGCCUGAAUACCAAAAAUCAGCGAGUCAUUGAAGCUCUCCCAUAAAAAAGAAAUAUUGUCUACAGAUGCCUUAAGACGGAGCUUUGGCACUAUUUUGGUGCAACAUAGCAUAUGUGAGAAAGAGUAUAAAAAGAGCUAAAUGUGGCACAAAGACAACAAAAAAAAAAAUCCCACAAAAAUGCAAAUCCACGAGUAGCGAAUUGCCAUGAAUAUGUGGCAGGAGCACUGUAUGGAAUCUACAACCACAUAAAACCAUUGCAAUUGUGGGGUAAGACAAUAGAGGGGGGGGGGGUGCAGCUGCAAGAACUAUGGUAAAACAUUGUGUUCCAAGAAGUGGAUACAUCUGAUGGCACGCAAGGACGUGUGAAGGUCAACAUCACAACACCACCACAUCACCUCAACGCAACUGGAAGAAACAAGUACAACAAGAGGAGAAGGAAGAAGGCAUUGGCAAGGACUCUGCAGGGAAUGUGCUUUUGGAAGCUGAAAGUGGACCCGCCUGUCUGGAUACUGGGUCGAGAAGUUAACGUCUGCGCACACAAAUUUUUCAGAUGUGCUGUGAUUAAAUGAUUGAAACAGUG